CCUUAAAUUGAGUAGGUGCAAAACCCCUUGUUCAAGUCUUUAUAAAUUUGCCUAUAUUUUGUUUAGCAAUGUGGAUAAUAUGUUGAAAUUGACAAUUAAUCUAAAAUAUAGGUCAUACUAUGGACCUCAGCCUUAAUGCGUUUCGUAGUCCUGACCUGGGGCCCAGAGAUGGGUCGAUUCUACAUUUACAACAGCAGCACCGCUCUCGAGAAGUCUGGGAAGCAGAUCGCACGCGGCCUGUGGAUUCAAAAAAAGUCAGAGUUCGUAGUGCGAAGAAAGGUAUACGAGCAUUGCCAUGGCCGUCACCCCCUGUUUUAGAGUUGAUACGGCGUGCUCGUUUAGAGGGCCUUUGUUCAUUGCCUUUUGUGUCCGUGGAUUGGGGUCUCAUUACAGCACUUUUAGAGCGAUGGUGGCCUGAGACACACACGUUCCACUUGCAGCCCGGUGAGUCCACAAUCACGCUACAAGAUGUUGAGGUUUUGUUAGGCAUUCCAGUUGACGGUAAACCUGUGACUGGAAAUACAAACUUGAAGCCUAAUGAUUUAUGUAAGCAUCUAUUGGGGGAACAACCUACAGAAGAGUCGGACAUAAACGGGAUGAAGGUCAAGGCUAGCUGGUUAAGUGAUAGGUUCACUGGCCAAGUAGAGAAAGGGGCUGACCCAGAGGUUGUUGCGCGCCAGGCACGCGGCUACUUGUUGUUGCUUAUGGGGGAGACUAUAUUUGCUGACCACUCAAGGGGAUAUGUGCACUUAGCUAACCUAGAACGUUUGGAGAACUUUGAUGAAGCUGGAACGUACAGUUGGGGCAGUGGUGCUCUUGCCAAUCUCUACCAUAACCUAUGUCAUGGUUGUAAGGCUGGCACAAAACAGAUUACUGGUUGCUUCAUACUAUUGCAGGUUUGGGCUUGGGAGCGGUUGCCCUACUUUGCCCCUGGACGAUUAGGGAAGCGUGCUCCGAAGGCUGGUGCUCCACUUAUUGGACGGUGGGACGAUAUAUUUCAUUCCCCUGACUUGGCGACCCAUCUCGUAGGCUCUUACAGGUACCACCUUGACAUCCAGAGACCAGAUGUGGUCAUUUGGACCCCAUACAGUGAGGAGCUCCUUGAGUCUCUACCAGAAUAUUGUCGGGCUGGCAGAGCUGUUUGGCGGGCUACUGUUCCCCUAAUUUAUUAUGCUACUUGUCAAUAUCACCAGCCCGAUCGAGUCAUGCGCCAAUUUAGUUUCCGCCAAUGCAUCCCACCACCGUCUCGCUCUUUAGAUCCGCCGCACGGCAAAACCCUUCAAAGUGGUGCGUUAGAUUGGGCCUUGAAGUACCGGACAAUUAUAGAAGUUUGGAAUUAUAGACUUAAUCUAGUUGUACCGCCGAGUGAUAUCGACUUAGUUGAAUACCCCUUCGACGACCCUUACGUGGCUUGGUAUGAUAGGAUUACCAAGCGUUGUAUUAGCCGUGUUGGUUGUGGCGUAGAUGGAGUGACUCGUUGUCUUAAGGCCCUUAAUAUGCCGGGGGUCCCCGCCGCUUACCGAGAUGUUGCUUUGGCUGGGCUUAUGCACAUGGGCGUGUUCCAAAAGUUUUUGCGCCUUCAACCCCCACAACACGGUGUUUUUAAGGGCAACCAGGAGUUGGGUGAGCACGGUGAGGGCGUAUUAGAGGAAGAACUCCAACCACAAGACGAUGCAGCUGGCCACGGACAUGACCAUCCUCACGUGGAACACCCCAACGAUAAUAUUCCAAUUCCACAACAUGCACCACCACCACAUGAACCUAGUUUUUCUCCUCUCCCACAUUUUGCCUCAUUUGUGAUGAGUCCGUCUAUUUUUGACUCUCCAGUAGUUGAACCGACAAGUGGCGGUGGUUCGUCAUCUCAGACUUGUUCACAUUCAGAGGUACCUUGGGAGCAAUUAGAAGUGGUUGGAUUUGGUGCAAGUACAUUGAGUCAUGAUAGUUUGGUGCAGGCAAAGAGGAGGAAAAUUGAUGAGAGUAGUUUAGGGGAUGUAGGGGGGUCGGUUAGAGAUGGAGAUAUCACUCAGUUAGGUUUGGACACCCAAGACUUCCACGUUGACCCGCAACACGAGGCAGAGGUAGAGUUGGAUUUUGUGUCGAAUAAUGAUGGUCAGGAUGAUGAGGUUGAGGAAGAGGCGGACUUUCAGGAAUCAAUUGUAGGGGGAGACAGAAAGGGUGGACGAGAGGUCACUCAAUCUACUACUAAGACUCCUGUUGUUGCCCAACGUAGGAGUAAGCGGCAGAGAAAGAAGCCACGUUGUGUUACGGGUGGCACAAUGUGCAAGGAUGGAGGGGAAAAGACUAAGCGGGCUUGCCACUAAAGGUAGGGUAUGUGCAUAUUAUGCUAUUGGUUUUUUUGUUUAAUAUAGAUAACGUUA